GUCAUUGCUCCCCCGCCUCUCCCUUUCUCUUAAUUCCCCAGAUUUAUUCCCCUCCUCGACGCUCCCGCCGUCCUUCCUCCCUCUGUCGUCACACCCCUUCCAUCUUCACUCCGUUUGUCGACUUCCAUCCGUACCAGCCCCGUCACUCGUUCACAGCCGCGUUCCCCGCAUUUCUCGUGUUUCCUCUCCAGGUACCAUUAAUAGUUCUCUCUCCUUCCUGUCACUAUGGCUGCACCAACAACCACGUCCGCCAAGGAGAAGAAGGAUGCUAAGGAGCAGGCAACAGUCAAGGAGGUCGUUGUUGAAGAGAAAGGAAAUGAGAAAGAGCCGGCCGUGACUGCAUCUACCUCAACUACGACUGAGGUGGCUAAGGAACCCGCGAAGGAGAAGGAGGAGAAGGAGGAGAAGGAGGAGAAGAAGGCGAAGGAGGAGAGAGAGGAGAAAGAGGAGAAAGAGGAGAAAGAGGAGAAGGAGGAGAAGGAGAAGGAGAGAGAGACUAAGAAAGACAAAGAAGCACCCGCGCCCGUCAUUGAUAUGGACACGUUUUCCCAAAUUCUCGAAAUGGACGAUGAUGACACCCACGAAUUCUCCCUCAGCAUAGUCGAGAAUUACAUGGACCAGGCACAGACCACGUUCCAGCAAAUGGAAGAUGCAAUUUCCGAGAAGAAUCUCCCUCAGCUGUCUGUACUCGGCCACUUUUUGAAAGGAUCCUCAGCGGCGCUGGGUAUUACUCAAGUACAGACUGGCUGCGAGCUCAUGCAGCAUUACGGCCAGCUGCAUCGAGGGGCAAGUGGGCAAAGACUACAAUCACAAGAAGCCCUUGAUAUGAUCAAGAAGCUUCUACCCAAGAUCAAAGACGGCCAUGUCGAGGCGGACAAAUGGCUCAAAGAUUUCUACGGCGUGGAGACGUGGCAACCGGCCGAGGGAGCGGCUCCUGAGGAUGACAAAUAACGGCCUCCGCCCACUGCAACUGGGAACCUGUCAAUUCCCGUGCCUUCUUGUGUUCCGUCCACUUGUUUUCCCCUCUGCUCAGUAUUCAAUGCUCUAACAAGAAAUACACUCCGACCCGGCUCCUAACGUAGAAACUCAAUCGAUUCAAGUAACUAUAUCGGGUCGUCUCGUUGGCCUCUUUCUCAGCUUGUCCUCUUAUCUUUGACGCCUGUGAUUCACACUUGCUGGUUGUCGCAUCAUUUUUUCGCUGCUGUAUCCUCUCUCUUGGUGCUGUAUCUUCAACAUUGGUACUGUAUCUCCACAAAAGUACGGCACCAUUCGUUUGGCCACAGUCCGUUCUUUCGCUCCCUCCCCUGAUCGCGUUACCGUUCUUUCCAUUCCACUCCCUGCUGUGGUCUAAACAGGCCGCCCUGUUC